GACUCGUGCGCGAUGACGUCACUGGCACACGGCUUUCAACAACAGAGCACAGCGCGAGAGAAAGAGAGAGAUCAGAACGACUCCGGUUUGAGUUUAAAUCUAAAUCAGAUUGAGUUUUUGUGAGUUUGUGUUAUUAUGUGUUUGUGUCAGAUCUGUCGCGUGUACAGCGGAUGAGAAGUCAGCGGAAGAUUCGGCUGAUGAAGGAUCCAGGAUGCUGCAGGUGUGUUGUGGUUCGGUCCGGGUCCGGUCCGCUCCCGGUUGGCUCGUCCUAAUGCUGAUGUGCUGCUGGUGUCCAGGAGGAGCAGACAGCACAAAUGUGGUCAUCCAUAAAGACGCUCAGUUUGAUGUGACGUACAGCGACACCGUCGCCAGUGACAACCAGACCAUCUACUCGUACAACCACACCGUGUCCAGAAACAAGACGGAGGGCGUGCGGGUUUCGGUGGAGUUGGUGUCUGAGAGCACUCAAAGUCCCGUCCUGUUCGUGGUCCGUCAGAAACAGGCGGUUCUGUCGUUUCAGGUUCCUCUCAUUCUCAGAGGCUUGUAUCAGAGGAAAUAUCAAUACACUCAGGUGGGCCGUACGCUGUGUCAGCCGCCUACUAAAGCCGUAUCAGAGAUGCAGUUCUUCUAUGUGGACGUGUCGACUCUCUCCAGUACAUCAGUUCAUUAUCAGCUGCGAGUCAGUCGUGUAGACAGCUUCAUUCUGCAGACAGACAAGAAAUUCAGCUUUAAUGCGACACCAUCUCAACCUCAGUUUUUAAAGUAUGUGUUUCCUGAGGGUAUGGACACAGUGAUUGUGAAGGUGAAUUCACAGAAGAACUUCCCAUGUUCAGUUAUGUCUAUACAGGACAUCCAGUGUCCAGUUUAUGAUUUAGAUAAUAAUGUGGCAUUUAUUGGGAUGUAUCAGACGAUGACCACCACAGGUGCCAUCACAGUGCAGAGAAAAGAUUUUCCCAGUAACAGUUUUUAUGUGGUUGUGGUGGUGAAGACUGAAGAUGAGGCGUGUGGAGGACCGCUGAGAUUUUAUCCGCUCUCACCCGAUGAGCUGUUUGAUGCUGGAAAUCGAAGUAAAACUCUGGAUGUGAUCGUAUCUCCUGCCAUUAACUCUGAGGUGUAUGUUAUGGGAAUGCUCUUCUGUCUGGGAAUCUUCCUCUCCUUAUAUCUGAUCACAUUUCUAGUGGCUUGUGUGGAGAAUAAGAGGAUGAACAGGAAGAGGGAGGGGCUUCUGCAGCCAGGUGACGCCUCUCCUGCAGAGACAGCAUCUCUCUUGGGAAAGGCUCCUGUGUCACCCUAUGAAUACGGCUCAUUUGCUGAUAAUGGCAGCACAUUGAGCUCUGAGGCCGUCACAAACAGUUCAACUGAUGGAAACUACGGAUACACAGGAUUGGAGACUUUUAAACGCAGAUCAAUCACAGCACAUCAUGUAGCCAUCCGCAUUGAUCGUUUGUUAGAGAGCGUCGCUCGCAGUCGUCAGGAGUCUUUGAGUUCGGUCGAAGAGGACGAUUAUGACACGCUGGCCGACAUCGACUCGGACAAAAACAUUGUCCGUACGAAGAAGUUUCUGUGUGUGUCGGAUCUCGCUCGCAAAGACAAACGCAUCCUCAGCAAGAAAUAUCAGAUCUACUUCUGGAACAUUUCUACAAUCGCAGUGUUUUAUGCUCUUCCGGUCAUUCAGCUUGUCAUCACCUAUCAGACGGUUGUUAACGUCACGGGAAACCAAGACAUCUGUUAUUACAAUUUCCUGUGUGCACACCCUCUUGGCGCGCUCAGUUCCUUCAAUAACAUCCUGAGUAAUCUGGGUUACGUGUUACUGGGUCUGCUCUUCUUACUCAUCGUUCUUCAGAGAGACAUCCUUCAUAGUCGAGCCCUCGAUCGUAAAGACACCACAGCACUGGAGUGUGGUAUUCCUAAACACUUUGGUUUGUAUUAUGCGAUGGGAACGGCACUGAUGAUGGAGGGGUUGCUCAGCGCCUGCUACCACGUCUGCCCAAAUUACACUAACUUUCAGUUCGACACAUCGUUCAUGUAUAUGAUAGCUGGAUUGUGUAUGUUAAAGCUCUAUCAGAAGAGACACCCGGACAUUAACGCUAGCGCAUACUCAGCAUACGCCUGUUUGGCUGCCGUCAUCUUCUUCUCUGUGUUGGGAGUGGUGUUUGGUAAAGGUAACUCGGUGUUCUGGAUUAUUUUCUCUGUCAUACACAUACUGGCUACACUGCUGCUGAGCACACAACUGUACUACAUGGGCCGCUGGAGACUGGACUCUGGGACCAUGCGCAGGAUCUUUCAUGUGAUUUACACAGAUUGUAUUCGACAGUGCAGUGGACCCAUGUACAUUGACCGAAUGGUUCUGCUGGUGAUGGGAAACAUUGUGAACUGGUCCCUUGCGGCAUACGGUCUCAUCAAGCGACCCAAUGACUUUGCCUCGUAUCUUCUGGCCAUUGCCAUCUGUAACCUGUUGCUGUAUUGUGCCUUUUACAUCAUCAUGAAGUUGCGCAGUGGUGAGAGAAUUCAGUGUCUGGCUGUGGUGUGUAUUCUCUUCACGGCUGUGGUUUGGGGUUUCGCUCUCUUCUUCUUCUUUCAAGGUCUCAGUACGUGGCAGAAAACUCCGGCUGAGUCUCGUGAACACAAUCGUGAGUGUAUCCUGCUCUCCUUCUUUGAUGAUCAUGAUAUUUGGCACUUCUUGUCAUCAAUCGCCAUGUUUGGAUCCUUCCUGGUUCUGCUUACUAUGGAUGAUGAUCUGGAUACGGUUCAAAGAGACAAAAUCUUUGUGUUCUGAUGGACAGACGUUCUGGUUAAAUUACAAAUGAGACGUGAGCAUCUUUUUACUGCCAGUCUGAGACGGUAGGGGAGGAGUCUCCUACAGGAGCUAAUGCUGAUAGGACAGUGAAUGUGCCAAUCAAACUGCCAGUGCUCCUCCUCUCAUUGCCAUGGUAACGGUUAAUGUAACCAUGUGGAUCUCCAGUCCCGCCCUGCAGAUCUCACUGGAUUUUUGUAAUGGUAGUUUAUUCUUCUAUGGCUUCUGUGUCGUGGUUUUGGACGUCGUGCUUCUGACAGUAAAUCCGAGCCGAGCUGCUUUCAUCUAACGAGGAUUCUGAUGAGAAUAUUUGCACUGUCUUACAAAUUAUGUUUUUACAAUGUACAGAUGGAAUGAUUAAUAAAUAAAAACUUUUUACUGUC